UCCUAAAACCCAUUUCCUGUCUCCAUUCAUCUCUCAGAACUCAGAAGACAGGUCGAAAAACCCCAAAACAAAACCCAAAAUGCUAUCCACUCUACACCACCACCCUCGCUGCUCGCUCUCCCGCUUCCCUUUUAUCACCUCCCGCUCUCUAAAUUCACCUUCAGUCACAGCAUCUUCCCUCACAGACCAAUCACCAUCCCCGUCAUCUCAAAUCCUUAACAUCCGUCACUCUCUUCUCUCUCGCACCCUCACAGCCACCCAACUCGCCGAGUCAUUCCUAACACGAAUCAAGCAAACCGAACCGCAAAUUAACUCGUUCCUACACGUAUCGAAUGAGAAUGUGUUGAAGCAAGCCAAGGAAAUUGAUGAGAAGAUUGAUAGAGAUGAAAAUGUGGGGCCGCUUGCGGGUGUUAUUGUUGGGGUUAAAGAUAAUAUUUGUACCGUUGAUAUGCCGUCGACCGGUGGGUCGCGUAUUUUGGAGAACUACUGUCCGCCGUAUGAUGCUACUGCUGUUAAGAAAUUGAAAGAAUUGGGUGCUCUUAUAGUUGGGAAGACUAAUUUGGAUGAGUUUGGUAUGGGAAGUACUACUGAAGCUUCUGCUUUUCAGGUGACUUCAAAUCCUUGGGAUGUAUCUCGGGUGCCAGGGGGGUCAUCAGGAGGAUCAGCUGCAGCUGUUUCUGCUGGGCAAUGUGUGGUAUCCCUGGGAAGUGAUACAGGUGGAAGUGUAAGACAGCCAGCAUCAUUUUGUGGUGUUGUUGGAUUUAAGCCUACAUAUGGGCGUGUCUCGAGAUUCGGGCUCAUGGCUUAUGCUUCUUCACUAGAUGUUAUUGGUUGCUUUGGUACAUCAGUUGCAGAUGCUGGAAUUCUUCUACAUGCUAUUUCUGGUCAUGAUAGAUUUGAUGCCACUAGCAGCAAGAGAGAGGUUCCUGAUUUCACAUCUCAAUUCUCUGCCUCAAGUCUUUUGGAAUCCACACCACUGAAGGGAUUGAGAGUUGGUAUUAUUCGUGAAACUCUUGAAGACGGUGUUGAUAUUGGAGUAAAAUCUGCAAUCAGUGCCGCUGCCUCACAUUUAGAAGAAUUAGGAUGCUCCGUGGCAGAGGUGUCUUUGCCAUCAUUCUCCCUUGGUUUACCGGCAUAUUAUAUUCUUGCUUCAUCAGAAUCAUCUUCCAACUUAUCACGUUAUGAUGGUGUCAGGUAUGGAAAUCAAGUUGUUGCUGAUGAACUAACUGGCCUCUAUGGGGACUCUCGAGCAAAAGGAUUUGGAGCUGAGGUCAAAAUGCGAAUUUUGAUGGGAACAUAUGCACUCUCAGCUGGUUAUUAUGAUGCAUAUUACAAGCGUGCCCAGCAGGUGAGGACUUUAAUCCAGAAAAGCUUCAAGAACGCAUUAGAUGCAUAUGACAUCUUAAUUUCUCCUGCUGCUCCAUCUGCUGCUUACAAGAUUGGUGAAAAGAGAAACGAUCCAUUGGCAAUGUAUGCGGGUGAUAUUAUGACGGUGAAUGUUAACUUAGCAGGGUUACCUGCAUUGGUUUUGCCAUGUGGAUUUGUUGAAGGUGGGCCUGCAGGACUUCCUGUCGGUCUUCAAAUGAUUGGCGCAGCAUUUGAUGAGGAAAAAUUACUGAGGGUGGGUCAUAUCUUUGAGCAGACUCUUCAAGGUUACAAAUUUGUUCCCCCGCUGGUAGCAAGUGAUGUAUGCUAGCACCAAGGCAAAUGCAAUUUUAGUAUAGCUCAUCAGUAGGUAACAUUUUAGGGUAAAAUUUACUGGGAGCUGAGUAAAAAAAAUUACUUUGAUCAAAUUACUCUUGUAAUUGUAAUUUAUUUUUUUAAAUAAAAUAAUAACAAUUUCGUCAAAUUUGAUAA